AUGUCGAUGGAUUUGGAUGCUCCUGUCCCCAUGUCGGGGCAGCAGCAGGCGCAACCCACUGCAACGAUCCUCUGUUGCAACUGUGGUGCUCCUAUAGAUGGAACCACUGCAGCCGGGGCAUUGUGUCAGGAUUGCGUGAAGCUCACAGUUGAUGUUUCCCAAGGCAUCCAGCGCGAGGCCACCCUCCACACCUGCAGAGACUGCGAGCGAUGGCUGCAACCACCCAACAGCUGGCUUGUCGCGUCACCCGAGUCGAAGGAGCUUCUGGCCAUCUGUUUGCGCCGUCUUCGGGGUCUCUCAAAAGUCCGAAUUAUCGACGCCAGUUUCAUCUGGACCGAACCCCACUCUCGCCGUAUCAAGGUCAAAAUCACAAUCCAGCAGGAGGCUUUUCAAGGCACAAUUAUUCAGCAGACAUUCGAGGUGGAGUACGUGGUUGCCUCACAACAGUGUCCUGACUGUAUGAAGAGCUUUACCCACCACACGUUCCGGGCUAUAGUUCAAGUUCGGCAGAAGGUGCCGCACAAGCGGACGUUCCUGUACCUGGAACAGUUGAUCUUGAAGAACGGUGCACACAGAGACACAGUCAAUAUCAAGGAGGCAAAGGACGGCCUGGAUUUCUACUUCUCGCAGCGGAACCACGCCGAGAAGAUGGUGGAUUUCUUGUCCUCGGUCGUCCCCUGCAAGACCAAGAAGUCGCAAGAAUUGAUCUCUAUGGACGUUCACACAAGUGACAAGUCUUAUAAGUUUACAUUUGCGACAGAGAUUCUCCCCAUCUGCAAAGAUGAUCUGGUUGCGCUUCCCAUCAAAUUGGCCCGCCAAUUAGGCAACAUCUCGCCCUUGACCCUCUGCCACCGCGUCGGCACUGCCGUCAAUCUCAUCGACCCCCAAACUCUUCAAACCGCUGAAGUUCCCACCGGCACCUAUUGGCGCUCGCCGUUCAAGAACUUGGCCGAUGUCACCGAGCUGAAGGAGUUCAUUAUCAUGGACAUCGAGCCCGUCGGCCAGUCCAACGGUCGAUUUCAUCUCGCCGAAGCUACCGUCGCGCGGGCCGCCGAUCUGGGCUCCAACGACAUCACCUAUUUCACACGUACUCACCUCGGUGGCAUCUUGCACGUCGGUGACUCCGUCCUCGGCUACCAUCUGACCGGCACCGUGUUUAACGAUGACAACUACGAAGCCAUCGAAGCAAGCAACCAGUACGGGUCGACAAUCCCGGACGUCGUCCUCGUCAAGAAACACUACGCUCGCAAGAAGAAGCCCAAGAACCGCGCCUGGCGACUCAAGCGCAUGGCUGCAGAGCACGAGGAGGAGGCUCUGGCCGGUUCUGGUGGGCAGCAGACCCGUCGCCAGGAACAGGAGCAGGAGCGUCUCGAGGCUGACUUUGAGAUGUUUUUGCGUGAUGUCGAGGAGGAUCAGGACCUGCGGCAUACUUUGGACCUGUACAAGGCUCGCCGUAAGCCUGAACAAGAUGAUGAGAUGGAUGAGGAUAGUGACAGUGGUGAUGAUGAGGUACCGAAGAUCAACAUGGACGAGCUGCUUGAUGACUUUGAUGAGCUGAACAUGGAUGAGAAAUGA